UAGCGAUCGGGCUGUUGCUGCAAAUCCUGCCAGCAUGAUAAUCGUGAUUAUGGGAGUAAGCGGGUCCGGGAAAACUGUUGUAGGAUCCCAACUUGCAAAAAAGCUGGGAUGGAACUUCUAUGAUGCAGAUGAUUAUCACCCCCUGGAAAACAAGGAGAAAAUGUCUCAAGGAACUCCACUGAAUGAUCAGGACAGACACCCAUGGCUUUGUGAGCUGCAUGAAAUAAUGAUGAGAGAAAAGGCUUUAGGUCAGCAUGUGGUACUGGCAUGUUCUGCUUUAAAAAGAGCCUACAGGAGCACUCUCCUAACUGGCAGCACUCCCCAUUGGCCUGAGAACUACCAGGAGAAUGAUGAUCUCUCCUCCGACACCCUGUUUGUGCAUUUACACGGGUCUCUGGAAAUCCUCUCCCGGAGACUGCUGGAAAGAAAAGGACAUUUCAUGCCUAGAACGUUAUUAGAUUCCCAAAUUGACACUUUGGAGCCUCCAUCAGCACCAGAGCGUUUUAUUGCAAUAGAUGUGGACAAGGACAUUUCAGUAAUAGUCUCUGAAAUAGAGGGGGAAGUAGACAGGAAAAUGAUGCUAGUGAAAUCCGCACAGAAAGAUUAGGAGGUACAUGCUUGGAAUGUUUGCACAUCGACUACAGUGCCUUUACCAUAUGAGGAAAUCAAAUUAAACACUGCAUUUGAGGGAUUUUGCUGUCAUUAUUUGCAUUUGAGAUGAUUAUAAUAGUAAUGACAAAUCUGCACUAGUGAUGAGCGAAUUUUUUCGCCAGACAUGGAUUUGCAGAGAAUUUCCGCAUUUCGCCAUUGGCCAAUUGUUUCGCUAAACUUCCGUGAACAUUUGCGCGAAAAAUCCAUCGCACAGGAUUUUAUUUGUUGCGCGUCAAAUUGGGCGCAGUCUUGCCAAAAAAAAAAAAAAAAAACGCGGAUACAAAAAUAGAUGUGGGAGACAAAAAAAAUAGCCGCAAGCAAAAAAUUGCACGACAAAUGUGAUUCGCAAAUUUUUCACCAUUUCACAAAUUUUAUGGUGAAACAAAACGGGAGAUUUGCUCAUCACUAAUCUGCACUCAUUAAAAACAAAAUAACUUCCUAUUAAAAGCAGUUCCCCAACCCUAAUCCCCAUUGGUAUUCCACUAAAAUGAAAUAUGUACCAAAGUCAAAUUUUUGUCACCUCUGAAAUCUACUUUAAAAAAGAUGCUAUCCUUUUUUGAUUUUGAGUGCAGCAUUGCUACUGAACACCCCAUAGAACACAGAAUGGUGUCUGACUCCUCAAAGCAUUUAAUGCAUUGCCAGUUUGUUAAACAUUUUCUUAUAAUUGAAAAUAAAGAAUAUACAAAAAAA